ACACAACGUAUGAAUGAUGUAAACCCCGGCCUUAAAACUCGCUUUCUCAGAAAGACAGCAAUUUCAUCCCUUUCUUCUCCGUUGGGUUUGGCUUUUCUUCUUCAAUCGAAGAUACGCUGUGAAUCCCAGUCUCCCCCGGAAAAUCCUGUUUAUCAUGGAGACACUGGAAACGAUCUCGGCGGCUCUUGAAUGCACAGACGCGAAGAAAGAGGACCUCAAGAAGGCCUUCGACGAGUUGCAAUCCCAUUCCUCAGUCCUCGCCUCCUUCUCUCUUAAGUGGUCCGACCUCGACGCUCACUUCACUGCCCUACAGAACUCGCUCACUGAACGAUUCCACCUCCUGGAAUCGCUCGAGUUGGAAAAACGAACUCAGACCCACUGCACCGUGUCGACUCAGUUAACUUCCAGAAUUGAUCCAUGUGCCUCAAAAGGUCAGAACGCCCGAACCAAUCCAGAAGACCCUUCUUCUUCAUCAAUUUCGGAGACCCAGAUGACCCAAAUUGGGGUUGACCCCAGUGGUGAUGUGGGUGCGGAUUUGGUGACCCCGCCGAUGCCCGAGUUGAGGGCUUCGUGUGAGAGUAUGGACGGGAAGGAAAUUGACCCAUGUGCGGCAUGUGCCUCACAAGGUCAGAACGCCCAAACCAACCCAGAAAACCCUUCUUCUUCAUCAAUUUCGGAGACCCAGAUGACCAAAAUCCGGGUUGACCCGAGUGGUGAUGUGGUUUCGGAUUCGGUGACCCCGCCGAGGCCCGAGUUGAGGGCUUUUUGUGAGAGCAUGGACGGGAAGGGGUUGAGGAAGUACGUAUUAGAGCACCCAAAUGAGAAGGUGGCGAUAAUAGCCGAGCUACCCGGUGCAGUGCGGUGCGCGCCGGACCCGGCGGCGAUGGUCUUGGACGCCAUGGAAGGGUUUUAUAGCGUAAAGGGCAAUAAGGAAGGGGAUGUGGGUCGUUUGAGGAGGUCUUGCGUGCUAUUGUUGGAGGCGCUAAUGGAGCUUAAGGCCAAUGUGGGUGUGGGAGUGAGGGAGAGAGCAAAGGAGUUGGCUUUGGAGUGGAAACGAAAGGCGAGCUCCAGUGAAGUUCAAAAUUUUGAGGUGAUGGGGUUUUUGCAUUUGGUGGCGGUGUACGGGUUGCAGUCCGAGUUCGACGGGGAUGAGCUUGUGGAUUGCUUUGUUAUCGUUGCGCAGUUUCGGCAGGCCGUGAAGUUGUGCCGGGGUUUCGGUUUGGGGGAUAAAGUUGCCGAUCUCAUUCAGAAACUUAUAAGUAAGGGGAAGCAACUUCUGGCAGUCAAAUUUAUUUUCGAAUUUGAGCUGACUGAAAAGUUUCCACCAGUUCCUCUCUUGAAAUCCUAUCUUAAGGAUGCCAAGAAGCUUGCUAAGAAAGUCUGGAAAGAAGGAAAUGAAUCUCACAAGUCACUAAAUAAGGCAACAGACAAAGAACUCAUUGCAAUGAAGUCAGUUAUUAAAGUUAUUGAAAGCCACAAUCUUGACUCUCAGUUUCCAAGGGCAAACCUUGAAAAGCGUAUUGAGGCACUGGAGAAGCUGAUUGUGAGCAGAAAACAACCUGCAGCAGCCCCUCCUGCCAAACCUCAGCAGCCACAACAGCAACAGCAACAGCAGCAGUCAAAGAAGCAGAAGAAGAAUCUGCAGCCAAAGAAGCAGCAGCAUCUGCAGCCGAAGAAGCGGCAGCAGGAGCAGCAGCAGAGUAGAAGCAAGCAUCCUCGAAUAGCUCCUCCAGUUGGUCAUGCAGCAGUCCCAGUAAUUGUUGAUGGUGCAAAUUCAACUAUUACCCAUUAUCGACAAUCUCAUCUACGGUCGGCAGGUUUGUUAUUGGAUUGUCCUGCUUCAUAUGUGAGCUCAUCAUCUGUGCCCUAUGGCACAGUAGGCCAGACUCCUACGAGUGUCCCUUUCACAGGCUCAUCAGCUGGGCUGUAUGGUUUUCCAGGAGCCCCUGUGGGUUUUGGUGGGAACCCAAGCCCUUCUAGUUCCCAUCUAUACUCAUCAGAACCAUAUCUGCCAUCUGAUUAUUAUGAUAGGCCAACUGCCUACGGUGGGUAUGGUGUGCGGCCUGAAUACCAUCCAUCUUACUAUCCUCAGUAGAUCUAUGUGCUCUUUGUUUUUGUGAUAGUAUAAUUUUGGAUGGUUUCAUAACUUUUGCCUCUGCAACGCUGGUUAUUGGAAAAGCAUAGCUUGCUUUUUUGAUCACCACGACUGUUGUAUAAGCAACUAGAUUUGGUGAUUAAGAAUUGUGAGAUUAUGUGUAAUGUCACAUUCUUAAUUACUUGAGUGAUUUUAUUAUUGCCCAAAAGGAUUUUGGGUCAAUUAUAUAUUUGUUAGUCAUUUUUUAAUUUCUUUAUAGGCUAUUUGGAAAAUGGUAAUUAGCAUUGUCCAUUUGUUUUGUUAUUUGUUGAGGACCUUUUUCCUUAGAUUGAGCCAAGUUUGUCCCAUAUGCACAUUCAAAAUCAAGGUUGUUUUUGCGUUGUUUAAAAGAGAACAUAAAGCUUACGUUUUAGCUUUUUCUGGGGCCCCUCAGCCUAUCUGGAGCAGACGAGUAGUUUGUCUGCUCCAUAAAGGGGCGUGCUGUUUAUUGAAUCUCUGGACUUAUUUAAAAAAAAAAAAAAGGUUUAUUAAAUCCCUGGACCCCCUAUUCUAUGCCAGGAAAAGGUUGUCUUUUAUGUCUCCUAUAUUAGAAAGAUGAAGAAAAUAUUGAGUAGUAAAGCUAACUCUUCUUAUCUUUGAACAACAUCCAUGUAGAAGAUGGAUUUGUGGCUUAAAGUGCCGUGUAAAUCAGAAAUAUGUUUGCUAAUCUACCCACUUCUUGUUAUCCGUUUUCAGUUUGAAUCUCCCACUUUUUUCAAAUAUAUUAAAAAACAAUUCAAAGCACAAAACACUUUUCAAAAUACAAAACACUUUUUCAAAAUACAAAACACUUUUUAUAGACAAUUUCACACCUUGUUGAGAUAUUAGACAAAACAAAGGUGCUUAACUUUUCCAGGGAUAGGAAGUAACUUAUAAUUUAUUUAUUUAUUUUAAAAAGAGGAUUAGAGCGGCCGUGUGGUCAGUGGCAGAGCCCCCACCUCCGGGUGGCCGCACGGCCACUCUGUUUUCUUGAAGUGUGUCUAUAUAUAUAUAUAUAUAAGGAGUCAGCUAAAUACCUGUUUGGGCUUUCUCAAAAUAAGUAGUAGGUGUAUUCAAUAGAAAACACACUUAAAAAAAAACACACACACACACUUCUCACAUUUAUGUCAUAUCAAAACACUUUUUUAACAAAGUAACCGAAAUUUUUAUGUUCUCUUUCCUCACCUCCUGUUAAGCCUUCUCUAUAAUUAAGCAAUGGAGGGCAGUCUUUGGUUGUGUAUCUAUCAUCUUUGGGCAUCUUCCAGAUAUCAUCCAUUUGGAAGAUGGCUUGUGCCUCAAAUGCAUUGUGAGACAAUGGAAAUAUUAUGUUUGCAAACAAUGAAAUAUUUUUCUCUCCCCUUUCCUGUUUCUCUUUUCCUACCUCCCCCUGUUAUAAAACUUUUGAACUCUUCCAGGAAUUCCAAAAUGUCUAGAACAAGAAUUUUUUUAUUUUAUUUUAUUUUUAAUUUCUUUUUUAUAUUUAUAUUUAUUUCUGUUUCUGUUUCAUUUUUCCCUUUGGCUGGUACUUGUAUUGGCCAUUGGAGCUUUUAUUGCAUCCCAUGCUAGUCAAUGUUUAAGAGCUGUUCCUUAUGUCAUCUGUCACUCAUUUGUUUUCCAUCAGUUUGUGUUUACACAUCCAACUUUCCUGUUCCAAUAAUGCGGAAGCUGGCUUGAUUUAGACUCCUGUUGUGUGGUGCAUUGUUCUGAGUGAUUUGUACACAAAUUAUUGGUCCCAGUUGAAUUGGAAUGUGACAAUUGAGGAAGAGUAUCCUUAUAAACCAUUUGCUCUUGGCAAAUGUUUUGUUUAGUUGCAUCUUCAAAAUCUUUGGGUACAUGAAAUCUCAAAUGAAAAUGUUAUGUUGAAA